GACUUGUUGUGGGACUGAUGGAGAGGGGCGUGGCCUCGCGAGAGGCCGUGACGGUGGAGUGAAAGGUGCUCGUGUCAUUACUGCUCCUACACCGACAACAACAACAACAGAAGCCGCCAGCCGACUCUUCUUUUUGGGCACAGCUCGGAUAUUGACGACACUGACGACAAUCGCAUGACAUGCGCGGACUAACUCGGCAGCAGAUCCUGUGAAAGAAACUGGAAUAACAUUGUUGUUCGUGUGGAUCAAAACAUGCGCGCUGAGUAAGCGGCACUACUUUCCGCAGAGAGUGUCCCGCUAGCAAGAGCCGCAUCGGUAAAAGCUGAGCACUGGACUGAUAACUGCCGAUUCCUAAACAGCUGUCUGUAACAGGUGGUGUUUGUUAUGGCUCGGCCGCAGAUGGACAGCAGGGCGGACAACCAGACUCCCACGGCGCCACAGAGCUGCAGGAUGGAGGUGCUGCGUCGGGACGCCUGGCCCAGCGGAGGCACACAUCCACCCUCUCAGGCCCGCCACCGGCAUCGGACCAUGGCCACUCAGACCAGCCCUGUACUCCUGCCCCAUGCCCGCACGCAAGAUGCUGUGAACUUGCCCAGCACCAACCAGCAAGAUGGCCCACUCAGAGACAACACAGGAACUGAACCGGAGCGGUCCUCUCCUGCCGAGACGCAGCAGCCUCUGCAUGAUCUCAUGCCUGAAAGCCACAGUUCCUCAGCAGACUCCAGCCGCAGAGAAUCCCCUGCUGAGGAGGAGCCCACGCCGGAGGAGCAAGCCAUCCACAGAGUGGCCAUUCAGCUGAGGACCAUAGGGGAUGAGAUGAAUGCAGUUUACCUUCAGAGAAGGAAUGAGGACCCUCAGUGGCAGAACUGGAGAGGCCUGUAUCGUGGUCUGGUGGCCUUCCUUGCUGACACCAUCAGCACCCUCUACCAGCAUGGGGUCAGAUAAACGGGUAUAUUGGCCACUUCGGGGGCGCUGGCGCUCCCUAACACAUCCACUAAUGAACUGCACUGGCUCGGGGACAUUUCUGCAGGACCAGAAUGCAUUUUUUUGUUUGUGUUGUUCCUGUUGUACAUGUUGUACAUUGUACUGUCUC